AUUACUUGAUCAUGCUUUGAUUUUACCAUGGAAUGUAUUCAAAUGAUUAUGAAGGAACUUUAAAUGGGGGGGGAGGAAAGGUCUCUCACCUCUUUUGGUUUCGUGCUUAAUUUUUAGAACACUGGUGAGUUAUUCCUGUCUGCAUUUCGUAGUUUUAUCUUUGGGAUGUGCCUUGUCUAGUCUUAGCAGGCAGACACUGAGCCAUAGAGUAAAAUAUGAAGGUUGAACAGUGAGUGAGUUAUUAGUCCACAUGGAGCCUUCUGUUAGAGGUGUCAGCAAACACAAAGGUAAAUAUGGAGAAUGAAUGUAAUAAGAUGAGGGAAAGUGCAGAUAAUAGCAUGGCAUACGGGUGUGAUUAGAGGUUAUUAACAAUGCAAAAAAAAAUUUGCAAAACAUGCAAAAAAAAAAUCCUGUCAGUUCAUUUAAAUUGGUGAGGGAACCACAUAAUAAACCAGAAUUUUUUUUAAAUCACAUUCAGUCUUAGAAAAGUUUGUUCUGUGUUCUUUUCUUCUGAUUAUUUUUCUGUUGUUUUUUAGGUUUCUGCCCUCGACGUUGUACGUGAGUGGCAUCUCUGCUGCAACAAGAUCAUGUCUUCUUCAACCCAUUGAAGGAAAGGGAAUAUUUGUUCACACUUAUGAUGAUUUGACAUAAGUAACGUUUUAUUAACCAUGAUGGCAACACAGACAUUAAGUAUAGACAACUAUCAAGAUGGACAACAGAUGCAAGUGGUGACAGAGUUAAAAACUGAACAAGAUCCCAACUGCUCUGAGACUGAUGCAGAAGGGGUGAGUCCUGCCCCUGUAGAAUCUCAAACUCCAAUGGAUGCAGACAAGCAGGCCAUUUACAGGCACCCACUAUUUCCCUUGUUAGCACUAUUAUUUGAAAAAUGUGAACAAUCUACACAAGGCUCAGAAGGCACAACUUCUGCUAGUUUUGAUGUAGAUAUUGAAAACUUUGUAAGGAAGCAGGAGAAAGAAGGAAAACCUUUUUUCUGUGAAGACCCAGAAACCGAUAAUUUGAUGGUAAAAGCAAUCCAAGUUCUUCGUAUCCAUCUGCUCGAGCUGGAAAAGGUUAAUGAACUCUGCAAGGAUUUCUGCAGUCGUUACAUUGCCUGCCUGAAGACAAAAAUGAACAGUGAAACUCUGUUAAGUGGAGAGCCUGGAAGUCCUUAUUCACCUGUGCAAUCUCAGCAAAUUCCAAGUGCCAUUGCAGGCACACUCAGUCCCCAAGGGAUUAUGGUGCCAGCAUCAGCAUUGCAGCAGGGAAAUGUAACUAUGGCAACAGUAGCAGGGGGGACAGUGUAUCAGCCCGUCACCGUGGUCACGCCACAAGGCCAGGUGGUGACACAGGCACUGUCACCUGGGACUAUUCGGAUCCAGAACUCUCAGCUUCAGUUGCAAUUAAACCAAGAUCUAGGCAUCUUGCAUCAAGAUGAUGGCUCAUCAAAAAAUAAAAGAGGAGUUCUUCCCAAGCACGCUACAAAUGUGAUGAGAUCUUGGCUUUUUCAGCACAUAGGGCAUCCAUAUCCAACAGAGGAUGAGAAGAAGCAGAUUGCAGCACAAACAAAUCUGACACUACUCCAGGUUAACAACUGGUUUAUCAACGCUAGAAGGCGAAUUCUGCAGCCGAUGCUGGACUCCAGUUGUUCCGAAACCCCCAAAACGAAGAAGAAAACAGCUCAGAACCGGCCGGUGCAGAGGUUCUGGCCUGACUCCAUUGCCUCAGGAGUUGCUCAGCAGCAAUCCAACGAGCUCACCAUGUCCGACGGUGCUGUUGUCACCAUUACAGCUCCAGUCAACAUGAAUGUAGACAGUCUCCAGUCUUUGUCAUCUGAUGGUGCUACUUUGGCUGUCCAGCAAGUCAUGAUGGCAGGGCAGAGCGAGGAUGAGUCUGUAGACAGCGGGGAGGACGAUGGAGGAGACCUCUCAACAACAAACAUCAGCGGGCUGGUCUUGGAUAACAGCGAUUCUCUGCAGUAGGAAGCAAGGAAGUGUGACAAAACACUUAGGAAAAAAAAAAAAAAAGAAUGGACUGACUGACUGACUUUUUAUAGUUUGCACAGCAAACAUUUUACACGAGUUUUAUUUCUAAUAUGUUUUAUAUGUAGAUAUAGAAGGGUGCACUUUUUUGUAUUUCAUAGUAAGCUUAAAGAGUGUUUUUGCAGGUGCAGCAACUUCUUUCAAAUGUGUUUUUUUUUUUUGUUUCUUUUUCCUUUUUCUUAUUUCAGAAAAUUAUAUCUAGUAAUAUAAUAAGAACCACGUAAGCACCCCUUUGUCCUAUGAAUUGGACGUGCUGCAGUUUCUAAUGAAUUAUGCAGUUUCAAUUAGUGCUGUUAUUUAACACAGCUUUGGAUGGGCAGGUGAUGUAAAUUUAAAGCAUGUGACACUAGUGUGUGAAACUUAAUUAUUAAGUUAGAUGCAUAUAUUUGAAAGAUGCUUCUGCACCUUAAAAACUGCUAGUCUGAGGUGGACAGCAACACACAUAAAAAGGAACUGUUGAUGUGUGAUUCAGUAGCGAAUGUAUGGCAAUUUAAAUAAGUUUAGUUUCUCUCAUAGUCCGUGAGCCUGUUUAUCAUUUGCUAUGAAAACUCCUAUUUUUACCUUGCUGGGGUUAUUGGAUAAAAAAAAAAAUAUUUUUAUAAAUUCAUUAGAAAUUGGGAUGACGACUGUAUUAAGCAGGAGGAGAAAAAAAAAAAAAUUUCCAGAGGGGAAAAAUAAAUGUUUAGUAUUCCUAUUUGGAAGGUCUGAAAACUGACCCAAUUUAAUAAACAAGCCUACAGUAGCAUUCUAUGAUUCUCAGCUAUCCCACAGUGAUAUACUAUAUUUGAUAGUAGCAUAAGAAGGGCCCACUCUUUGAUGGGAUUUUGAUAUUGUCAAACAUUGAUUUAUAUUAUGUGUAAACUAAUAUUCAAAUUACAUAACUCUGUAUCUAGACUUGUAUCUGAAAAUAUUUGCUAAAUGACUAUUCAGGUGAGUAAAUUCAAAUACCCACAACUUUUCCAGUUACUAGAUGAAUUUAACAGUUUAUAGUUUGUACAACUGAAUCUGAAAAAAAUGAAAAGUUACCUACUAUACAGUCAUGAAUUCUGCUAUUUUAUUGCAUUUGAAAUAUUUUCCCCUAAUACAAAAAGAAAUAUAACUUAUGGAUUUAUAUAAAAAUUUCUUCAAAUCUGAAGUUUACUACCAGAAUAUACAGGCUUUAUUAGAGUAGAAAAUCCUUGUGUGUCAUUUAAAAACGAAGAGCUGUUGUGAAAACAGCUGGUUUUUUGGUUUUGGUUUUUUUUUUUUUGUGGUAACAGUUCAUUUAUUUUCCCAAAGUUUGAAGUCUGUGUCUGUCUAUCCACGAACUUUUGGAACUUUUGUAUUUCCCUUUGUCAAGUACAAAUAACAGAUUCUGGGAGCCUCGUGGUAUGAUCAACAUCCUCUUUUUAAUCUCUGCCUAUUUGUCACAGUAAGGGGUUGGAUCAGAACUUCCUUCUGGUUUAGGCCAAAUCUAGUCGUGUUUCUGAUACAACAGGGGAAAAAAAGAUGUUAGAUUUUAGACACUGUAUUUGAACAAAGCCCUUGGACAGAUGCAAGUAUUUAAUUGAAUACUUAAUUUGUGCUUCACAGGACACUCAGGCAUGUGGGUCCCGUUGAUUUCAGUAGGAUUGGCACAUGUGCUUAAAUGGUUGGAAGGUGGUCAUUGCAGAUUCCAAAGGAGGUGUGAGUUGGUGUGAAGAAAAACUUGUGGAAGAAAUGUCAGUAGCACUGCCAUAUGCACAUGGAAAAUAAUACUAGUUUUCAGUGACUAGUAUCUAUUUAAAAAAAAAAUUGGUGUUGGUUUUACUCAACACAAGUGAUGUUUCUGCUGUGGCACUCACUUAUUCCUGGCUGAGCAUCUUCCUUAGUUCAAAUGCUGUAAUGAUCUGCUCCACUGGAGUGGUAAUUCCUAAAGAAAUUGUUUUCUUCUGGCUUCUCUGCUUUGCCACUGAUGUGGGGUGUUUGUUAAACAGCACAGUAAAUGAAUAAUGAAAGGUUUAAUUAGGAAGAUGUUGACAUAGCAUAACUAUCUCAAAAAGGCUGUUGUCAAAUCCAGUUUGACCCCAAAAUAUUUUAAAGGACAGAAACCACGUAUGAAUCCUGCUCCUUUGGAAACAUUCAACCUACUGCCCCUACAAAAGAUAACUGAGAUUACUGGAACAGAAAGACAGAUUCUGUGGGUUUAAUUGUUUGUGAUUUAACUCCAAAAGUGCUUCAUCACCCCCACAGUUUCCAUCAUACAACAGGUCAUGUUGGUUGGUUGGUUUGGAGUUUUUAUUCAGCCACCCUUGUUUAUGUUUAAUAGACCUUUAAUCCUUGUACUUGUAGCAUGUAGGCAGAGGAAUCUGCCUUUUAGUGAGUACAGGCCCGUGGACAAACACCUGCUUUUCCAAAUCAGGCUGUGCUGGAGCACCAGGCUGUUUUUCACCAUAUCCUUUCCUUCCCUGACCAGCUGUUGCUGCCUCAGGCUUUCCCCAUCCUGCUUCCAGGUGGGCUUGGAAGCAGCUCAUCCAGCUGAUCCUGGGGGUAGCAAACAGCCAGCAGUGAAGGGAAGGGUAAACCAAAGUGGGCAAAACUUCCAUCCUUUGGAGAUAGCAUGGCAAUGGGCAUUUGCCCACACCUCAAAACUGUGAGGACUGAGAUCCUAAAAAGAGAGAAGGCAUUAAAGCAAUUUAAUAUCUAUACAACCAACUGGAAGAGGCUUCAGGAAUAUGUUGUUAUGUGCCACUUGGAACUCAAUUGGAAACAACCAAGCCUCAGGGUUUGCAAACUUCUGAAAGUGUGUUUUUCAGAAAGAAGCCAUUAUCUAGUCAGCUUUUUUUUUUUUCCUUUUUUUUAUUCCCUCCACCCUCCAUGCAGCAGAAGUUUUAUUCUUCUGAAAAAUUUGCAACCUUGUCUUCAGCUACUUUAUCAGUACCCAGAGACUGAACUGUACAGAGUUUACUGUGAAAGGGGAAUAUGGAAUAGUUUCACUGUAAGAUUAGGAACAUGAAAACAUAGGAAUGUGAAUUCCUAAAACUGGAAAGGCUUUACCAGUAUAAUCAAAGGUAUUGCUUAACAUAUGAAACUCAAACCUUUUCUUUUAAUUCAGUGAGAAUUCUGUAGUGGGUGUGAACUGCACAGGAGUGCUUGUUCUUCUCUUGGUUUUAAAAAAGAAAAAGUAGUGUCCUUCAUUUUUCCUGUAUAAGAAAACUUUGCUUUCAGCAAAGUUUCACCAUUCAGGAAAGGUACAUGUUUACAUUAGUUAAAAAGUCUUUAUAGGGGACAUAAAUUUAAACCCAUAUGUAAUUGCCCCCCUGCCCCCAAGUAAAGUCAUAUUCAAAUGCAAUAGAACUAAUUUUUUAAAACAUCAGUGUGACUCUUCUGCAGUUAUGAUUAUUGAAACUUAUAAUUUUUAUUUUUCUAACCCCAAACAGGGUUCUCAGUCCAGUUUUUUCAAGAUUCCUGUAACAGGCAAGGCAAUUUCCUGUCGCUUUUUAACUUUGGAAGCAUUGCAGUUUAGUAAACCAAUUCCAAAACGAUCAGGAUAUAUUUCUAAAUGACUGUUACGAAGAAAUAAUCAUGUUAGAAAAUAUUUAGAAUCAUCUCUGGCUCUGCAGUGGGUUUUUUCUACGUCUGGAUAUUGUGUCAAAGUGGAGUCCUGCUGACCUCAGGGAAACUCCAUAAGGCUCCAUAUCAGGCUGCAUUUAUCUGCCAGGGAAUUGGUUCUUUGUUCUGGUACCUGAUCUCUGUUAGGAACUUUUUGGAGAGCCCUCCAGCUUUAUUUUGCCUGCAUACCUGGGUGUUCUUCCAGUGGCAACCAGGGUAUGGAUGAAGGGCUUGGAAGGGCAGGAACUCAUGUUGGCCUGGUGUGCACCACGUAAUUGUUUUGGUAUUCAAAAUGCAGCCAAGAAGCCAGACCCACAGUGAGGAACUGGAGUUCCCAGUUCCUGUGCUUCCAGAGUAGGUUCAGGUUUAUGGAUAUUCUAGUGGAAUGAAGCCACAAGGACUUAAUGCAUGAAUAACAUGUGGAUUUGGUUCUGGAAGAAUUAGAGGUUCAUCUUCCUGACUUUAUGAACUUGACAGCCCACAGGAUGAAACAAAGCCUUUCCAAGGGAUGAUAUUUGCACUUAAACAAACAAAAAUCCAGAACACCCUGGUAUUUUGAAAAAUUGGAACACAUGCAUUUAAUUGUAAUUAAAGAUGUUUUAACAUUUAUUUUCUGAAGCAGAGUCAUCUUGGGAGGAAAAAAAAAUUAAUAAGUAUUGGUCUAUGCAAGACACAAAUGUCAAAACUGUGUAAAUUACCCAUUUUUAGGUGCUGUAUUAUUGUUGUCUUUCUGACUUCUGUUACUUUGAUUAGUCUUUUCAUCAACCUUUCAGCCUUACAUUCAGCUUAGAGUUGAAUAGGCAAAGUGUAGUUUUGAAAUCCUGUUGGAAAUGUAACUACCCUUCAUUCCCUCAUGGAAAUCUCGCAUGUUAAACAGUUAAGUGAAAUGUUUUUGGUUUCCUAAUAAUAAAUUCAGACUCUUCACCACCUCCUGAAAACAGCAUAUCCAUGAACAUGCACGUUUAAUUGUGGUGUGCAAACGAUCAAAUCAUCAGCCUUGUGCUGGGGGCACUUUGCUCUUCCCUCUUCAGUGCAGCUGAAGCAGCAGCAGGUUCAUUUUGCCGAGCUCGAUGUGGAUUCCUUUCCCCCCACCCCCUGCCUUUGGCAUGCUAAACACCUUCAAAUGGGUUUGGGGUUGUUUAAUUUUCAAGGCCUGAAGUAACCUGAUCGUCCAGUGUGUAAAGCACAGUGAGAUUGCCACUAAGGUGCUUUUAAGUGAUUGCCCAAAUCAGGUUAUCUGUUCCUUCUUGUCACCUGGAAAUAUCAAAUAUGCUCCUUUUCUGUGACUUAGUUCUUUAGGACCUGCUGAGUGAUCACAGCUGGUUUUGCCAGAGAAAAGCAAGGUGUGAGAAGGCAGUGAAAUGCUUUUCCAACCUUGUGGGCUCCUGUAAAGAGACACAGUUCAAGUUAAUAGAAUCCAGUGUUUUCAGGUCGUGACAGAAGUGGCCCAUAAAUCUCUCUGUGGGUUGGCAGCACUGGGUCUGCACCAUCGACAAUCUUUAAAAUGUGAACCCUGUAACUUUUCUGUCCUUGGUUGUUAAGGGAUUUUUGAAGCAGCUGACCUAUCAAGGGAUAAAAUUAAAAAUGAGAAUAUGCCUCUUGGAUGAUUUAUUUUUACACUGCUGUUCUCUGUGAACAGAAAAAGCACAUUUUUAAAGCAAACCAUUUACAUGACUUUAACAGUGUUGUUUGGCUGAAAGACAAAUAUGUUUUCAAGAAACCUUGAGCGUAGUUUUAAACUGUUUAACCAGUUCCUGGCCAGGGAAAGUCAUUGGCCUCUGUAUUUGUUUGGGGUUUCUUGUUUAUGCAAAUGAAGAAAAAUGUUUACUAGUUCUUACCAGUAUGGGGAUUUUUAUUAUGCUUUUGUAAUGCAGGAGCAGCUUCGAUGAAAGAAAGCAUUAGCAGGUAAAUAGUCCAUAAUGUGUGUGACUUUGGGUGGGGUUUUUUUCCUUUGUUGUUGUUUCAAAAUUAUUAAUUAAAAUGGCAUGGACAUCAAACUUCCAGUA